AUGCCCCCGAAACGUACACGUCGACCGAAAAAUCCUCAUAUAGCCCCAGUUCUUAGUAGCCAUGAACUCCCGGAUCGGCGCCGUGAACUUCAUGACAGUCAUCAGAUUGGAACCAAUAGUACAACAAAACUUAGGUGUAGAAAAAGAGAAUCAGAUUCGGAACCUGAUGACAGAAGGGAUGCUCUGGAGAAAAUUGGAGUAUCCCUCGGUACAAAAAGUACUUGCAAACAUUUACUUAACCUCCUCGACAAGCGGAUUCGAAGAAAAACACCACGUCUUUCAACCCAGUCCCAGCCAGUUCCAUCUAAGCAGGAUCUACAAACUCCAACCACUGCAGUGUUAAACCCGGGGAAUCAGUUAGAUACAACUUCAAUCCUCUUGCCCUUGGAUCAGGAUAUCGAAGACAAUCAAUUCGACAACACUCAGCUUACACUGCCUAGUCGCCUAACAUCAACCUCUUCACCUUCAAACGAGAUUCAACAUCACGAAAAGUCUAAAUCCAAGUCAGCUUCGAGUCCAAUCCGGAAACCAGAAGAUGAGCUUACCAAGGAUCAAGACAAUAGGACAGGCAAUGUUGACUACAAUCAAUUCGACAACACUCAGCUCGUCAAUAUGUUGAAAAUGGUCGGACUAGACACCAGCGGACUCGCCAGGAGUGAACUUUUGGACAAUUGCCGUACAUACAAUGGUCUAAGUAAGGUCCACUGA